GAAGCUGCUAGGCGGAAGUAGACGUGCAGAACAGGGCUAGGCGGCGCCAAGUCCACAUCCGGGAGAGGCGAGGAGAGCGGAAGUGGCGUUGGUCUGGCCGGAGCCCUUGGGUGAAAUUGUUAGGCGUGGAGAGGCAGUGAUGUCUUCCAGACUCGGUGCAGUACCCGCCACUCCGGGACCCACAUCUUUUAAGCAGCAGAGGAGCCCGAGGAGCGUGGGCGCCAAGAAUAGCAGGACCCAGUGCUCCAUAAAGGACAAUAGUUUCCAGUAUACUAUCCCUCAUGAUGACUCCUUAAGUGGCUCGUCGUCUGCCUCUUCGUGUGAACCUGUGGGUGAUUUUCCAGCCUCCUUCCGAAAAUCUACCUACUGGAUGAAGAUGAGAAGGAUCAAGCCAGCUGCAUCUCCUCACGUUGAAGGGUCAGGUGCUGCUGCAACCAAAGGAAAAAGGAAACCGAGGCAGGAGGAAGAUGAAGACUAUCGAGAAUUUCCUCAGAAGAAGCAUAAACUUUAUGGGAGGAAGCAACGGCCUAAAACUCAGCCUGCUCCAAAAUCCCAGCCUCGUCGUAUUCGGAAGGAACCGCCAGUUUAUGCAGCAGGCAGUUUGGAAGAGCAGUGGUACUUGGAAAUUGUGGAUAAAGGCAGCGUCUCCUGUCCUACCUGCCAGGCAGUCGGCAGGAAGACCAUAGAGGGUUUAAAGAAACACAUGGAGAACUGUAAACAGGAAAUGUUUACUUGUCAUCAUUGUGGGAAACAACUGCGGUCACUGGCAGGGAUGAAGUAUCAUGUCAUGGCAAAUCAUAAUAGUUUGCCCAUUUUGAAGGCCAGUGAUGAAAUAGAUGAGCCGAGUGAAAGGGAACGGCUCCGAACAGUUCUUAAGAGACUGGGAAAGCUCAGAUGCAUGCGUGAGAGUUGUUCCAGUAGCUUUACCAGCAUCAUGGGAUAUCUGUACCAUGUUAGAAAAUGUGGCAAAGAGGCUGCAGAGCUGGAGAAGAUGACCCUCAAAUGUCACCACUGUGGAAAACCGUAUAGAUCAAAGGCUGGGCUUGCGUAUCACCUGAGGUCAGAGCAUGCGCCUAUCUCCUUCUUUCCAGAAUCAGGACAGGCAGAGUGCUUAAAGGAGAUGAGCCUGGAGCCAAAGAGUGGGGGCCGAGUCCAGAGGCGUUCUGCCAAAAUAGCUGUGUACCACCUGCAGGAGUUGGCCUCUGCUGAGCUGGCCAAGGAAUGGCCUAAGAGGAAGGUGCUUCAGGAUCUGGUACCUGAUGAUAGGAAGUUAAAAUACACCCGCCCUGGGCUACCUACCUUCAGCCAGGAGGUACUGCACAAGUGGAAGUCAGAUAUCAAGAAGUAUCAUCGCAUUCAGUGUCCUAACCAGGGUUGUGAGGCUGUCUACAGUAGUGUAUCUGGCCUUAAAGCUCACCUGGGCUCUUGUACAUUGGGAAACUUUGUGGCUGGAAAAUACAGGUGUCUUCUAUGUCAGAAGGAAUUUGUGUCAGAGAGUGGUGUCAAGUAUCACAUCAACUCUGUCCAUGCCGAGGUGAGGUCUCCGCUUUCUCACAGUGGUCUUGCGGUGCUGUGGGCCUGAUGUGUGAGCCACAUGAAGGUUAAGGGAAGAACUCUCAAAGUAGAGAGCAGAGGCCCUGCAGUUAAAAUUCUCUGUCGAAUUCGAUGUGUAAUUGUAUGAAGGGUGCUUCAAGAAGUUUGUGGGAAAUGAUUCAAAAGACAAAUUUAUUUUUGUGCAAAAAAGUGUUAAAAGCCAUGCAUAUGAGGGAUCUUCAGAAAGUUCAUGAAAAAUGCGUACUACAGCAGUGGAUGUUUGGCACAGGGGGUUUAGAUGCCAGUUGGGCUGCCUGUGUCCCAUAUUGAAGUGCCUGGGUUCGAGUCCCCACUGUGCUUCCAGCCCAGCUGCCCACUAAUAUGCAUUCUGGGAAGUAGAAGGUAAUGGCUCCUGGCUUCAGCCUGACCCAGCCUUUGCUAUUGCAGGUAUCCGGGGAGUGAAGUAGUAGACAGGGAUGGAAAAUCUCUCUGUUUUUCUGUCUCUUAUUCUGCCUUUCAAGUAAAAAAUAAAAAUAAAUUUUAAUAAGAAAAUUUAAGAAGGAAAUGAAUAUUAUGAAAGAACUGUGCAUGACUUGAAAAAUUUUUUUGCUAAAAGAAACUUGCCUUUCAUUCUGUUUUUCCACAAACCUUUUGUAAAAAUUAAUUUAUUUGAGAGGCAGGGGAUGGGGUGGAGUGCUUCCAUCUGUGGUUCGCUCCCCAAAUGCCCACAGUAUUCACAGUUGGAUGGGGCUGAAGCCAGGAGCCAGGUACUCAGUCCAGCUCUCCCACACAAGUGGCAGGAACCCGACUACUUGAGACUGCCGCCUUCCAGGCUCUCCAUUAGCAGGAAGCGGGAGCUGAGUUUCAGACUUGGGUACUUCAGUAUGACAUACCGGUUUCUUUCUUUUGUUUUAUUUUAUUUUAUUUUAUUUUAUUUUAUUGACAGAGUUAGACAGUGAGAGUGAGAGACAGAGAGAUAAAGGUCUUCCUUCCGUUGGUUUACCCCCCAAAUGGCUGCUACGGCCGGCAUGCUGUGCCAAUCCAAAGCCAGGAGCUAAGUGCCUCCCCACCCCGGUCUGCCAUGUGGGUGCAUGCGCCCAAGCACUUGGGCCAUCCUCCACUGCCCUCCUGGGCCACAGCAGAGAGCUGGACUGGAAGAGGAGCAACCGGGACUAGAACUUGGCGCCCAUAUGGGAUGCUGGCACCACAGGCGGAGGAUUAACCGAGUGAGCCACAGCGCUGGCCCCCCAUACUGGUUUCUUAACUGGUGUCCUAACUACUGGGCUAAGUGCUCACUCCUCCAUAAACUAUUUGAAGUCCCCUCGUAUUUGAAAUCACUGUGUUGUAAGCAUCUUUCGACUCUUAAUUCUCUGAAAUCUGCUUAAAUUAGAUAUUUGGGAACCAGGUUGAUUUCGUGUCUUAAAAAUUAUUUCACAGCAAUCUCUAUACUUCUGUACUUUCCAGUAUCUAAUAUUUUCCAGUAACUUUUUAAAGCAACCUUAAAUUUAUUUUUAAUGUAUUCAUUUAAAGGUGGAGAGAUAGUGAUCUGCCAUCUGUGGUUCAUUCCCCAGAUUUCCACAACAGCUGGAGCUGUGCCAGGCUGAAGCUGUGAGCUGGAAGCUCGGUUUAGGUCUCCCAUGUGGCUUGCAUGGACCCAGUACCUUGAGCCAUCAUCCCUGCUUCCCAGGGUGCACAUUAGCAGGAAGCUGGAAUCAAUCGGGAACAGAGCCAGGGCUCGGACCCAGGCACUCUGAUGUGGAAUGUGGGCUUUCCACAUGGUGUCUUAAGUGCUACGCCAAAUGCCUGCCCCCAGUAACCUUUUUUUGAUGCUGUUUGAAAUCCUGUUUAAAACAACUGCUUGGCUAGUGCUGUGGCACAGCAGGUGAACACCCUGGCCUGAAGCAUCGGCAUCCCAUAUGGGUGCUGGUUCGAGACCCGGCUGCUCUACUUCCUGUCCAGCUCUCUUCUAUGGCCCAGGAAAAGCAGUAGAAGAUGGCCUAAAUCCUUGGGCCCCUUCACCCCCAUGGGAGACCGGGAAGAAGCUCCUGGCUCCUGGCUUUGGAUCGGCACAGCUCCGGCCAUUGUGGCCAAUUGGGGAGUGAACCAUUGGAUGGAAGACAUCUUUGUAUCUUUCUCACUCUCCCUUUCUCUGUAGCUCUAAUUUUCCAAUAAAUAAAUAAUAAAUAAAUAAAAUAAAAAUUUGCAUAAAAUGCUUCCAAGUUCAGAAGGAUAAUAGUUUUCUUUUGUGGAAAGUCUCUCUUUUUUUUAAGAUUUUAUUUAUUAUUUGUUUGAGAAGUAGAGACAGAGAAGAGAGGGAGGGAAGGAGGUUGUCCAUCUGCUGGUUCACUCCUCAAAUGGCUGCAACAGUUAGAGCUGGGCUGAUCCAAAGCCAGAGCCAGGAGCCUCCUCUAAGCACUUGAACCACCUUCCACUGCCUUUCAGGCCACAAUCACAGAGCUGAAUUGUUAUAGGAGCAGCUGGGACACAAAGAGGCCCAGUGCACCACACCACAGUGCCAGCCCCUUGAGGAAGGUUUCUUAAUAACGCACAUGAACAGAGAAGUUGUUUAUUAAACAGUUCGAAACCCUAUUUCAAAAGCUGUGUGCUGGCCCUUGGAAUAUCUUCCUGCAGAAGCUGUUCCUACCUGGCGAGGAAGAUACAUAGGGAGCACCUUCUGCUGUUUUUUGCCCUCAGAUUUCACAGUUUUAACAGUGCGAACCUUAAUGAAUUUCAUCAAAUGUGGUUUUUGUUGAUUUCUUUAUUUAAGCUUUGGGAAUUCCUAUCUAAAAUCUGAGAUUUCUUCUGAAAGGCACUGGUGAAUUUUUAUAGUAAUAGUAUACCUGUUCACGGUCAGCAAGUAUUUGAAAGAUAACUGCCUCCUGACAGACUCAGUGGUUGAGUCCCAUUUGGGAUGCUUGCGUCCUGUGUCAGCACGCCUGGUUCGCGUCUCUGCUUCUCCUUCAGCUUCCUGCACCAAGGGAGGCAGCAGGUGAUGGCUUGGUAAACUUGGUUCCCUUCCAUCCCCGUGGGAGAUGGAGAUUGAGGUCUGGGCUCCAGACUUUGGCCUGGCCCAGCCCUGGCUGCUGUGCACAGUGAGGAGUAAACCAGCAGAUAGAAAUGCUUUCUCGUUCUGUUUCUUUGCCUUUCAAAUAAAAUGAAAAUAAAGAAAUACAUAUACAAAAUCUGCCCCUUAUGUAGUUAACUGGUUUCUCCAGCUUCUUCCUUUUAGGAAGCUGGACCCAACGGAGUUGAAACAAAACAAUUUCAUUAGUUUGGGAUUCGCUGCCAGGCAUUUAUUUGUUCAUUGAUUUACGCCUAUAUUUAUGAAUUUUGAUCAGUGUCUCUUUUUGUUUGUUUUUUACUGGAACAUUUCAGACACAUGGAAAUAGAAUAGUAAACCCAAUGCACUGUCACCCAGCUUCAGCAGCCAUCAGUUCACGGCCAGUUUGUUUUAUUUACAAUCUCUCUCACAUUUCUCCUCCAUGAAAACUGUUUUUUAAAGCAGAGUCCUCAUCAUUUCAGCUGUAAACACUUCUUUAAAUAUGUAUCUGUAGGACUUUAAAGUCAUGUAACUACAGUCAUUACAUCUAAAAAAUUAACAGUGACUCUUUAAUGUUAUUGUAUUUAUCCAGUCAUUCUGUAAAUUUUCCUGUCUCAUAAAUUUUUUAGAGUUGAUUUGUCCAAAUCAGCUUCUAAGAAAAGGCCAUUCUACAGCAUUUAUCUGUUUUUAUCUAGAAUAGCACUAGCCAGUGGAAAUGUAAUCUAAGCCAUGUAUAUACCUAAAAAUUUUCUACUAGCUGUGUUUAAAGAAAUACAGAGAGAGCCGGCGCUGCAGCUCACUAGGCUAAUCCUCUACCUUGCGGCGCCAGUACACCGGGUUCCAGUCUCGGUCGGGGUGCCAGAUUCUGUCCCAGUUGCCCCUCUUCCAGGCCAGCUCUCUGCUAUGGCCCGGGAGUGCAGUGGAGGAUGGCCCAAGUGCUUGGGCCUUGCACCCGCAUGGGAGACCAGGAGGAAGCACCUGGCUCCUGGCUUCAGAU